GUUGUUGGCAACAGGGAACAAGGCGAUAAAACGGUGCUGCGGACCAGCGAGAAAGACGUGAACAGCAAAGCCACAACAUCAACGAGUUGAUUGUUCAAUUGAUCGAACACCCAUCCAACCACAGCGAUCCCACAUCAACCACCAAUCAUGUCGACUGUCGAGGCAAUGAAGUCGCUCACCCGCGUCAACAGCAACCAGUACCGUGUGUUCAAGGUGCAAGCACAAGAACGCAUUGCCACGCUAGAAGCACAGCUCCGCGAUGCAAGGGUCGAGAUUGAGACACUCAAGCAGAAGACUGAUGAGCAACAGAUUAUGAUCAAGGCCAAAGACGCGAGCAUCCAGAAGAUGUUGGCGGAGAUGUACGAUCUCCACCAAGCACAGGAGAAGGCCGUCACAAAGAAGCGCGCGGCUGCAAAGAAGAAGAGGGCAGCGAGUCGAGCAAGGAAACCGCGACAGUCCAUGGUCAAGGCACCCGCAGACCCAUACAAGAAGGAGAAUGCACAGCGCGCAAAGUGGACGGAGAAACAAAAGCUCGCAGAGAAAUUCCUGCACGAGCGAGCGCCACAGCUGAGCCCCGAUAUUGAGGUUGAGCAAGAGGACGACACGGUUGACCUGGAGUUGGUUGCAUCGUACUUUCCGACCCUCCCCAUCCAGUUCGUUCUCGAGUGCGAGCGCAAGUUUGUGGAAGCAGACGCAGACGCAUCAGGGCUGAUCGAUGAGAAUGAACUGAAGAACGUGAUUGACGACAAAGACAUCGACACAGAGGCAAUCCAGGCGAUCAUUGAUGAGGAAGGAAUGAACACGGCGAUGGGAUUGGAUUUUCUUGACUGCUUGCUCAUCUACACGCGGCUGACUGGCGUUGGUGGCGAGAGCGACCUGCCGGCGCCACGCCGCGUGCACAGCAAGGCGAGCCACCUGUCGGAGGAAGAUGCCAUAUCCAUCAGCAGCGUGCGCGAUGAUGGCGCACCGUCGCCGCUCGGACGGCAGCAGCAACGGUCCCCUUCGCCACCAGACGCAGGCCACCCGCACGAGAGACGCGUCUCGCCACGCACGUCGACGACACACGUGCCUGCAGGCAACGGCCGGCGCUCACCCAAGAUGAACCGCGUCAGUCACGUCAGCAACGCAGGGAGGGCGUCACGGCUGUCGACACAAUUAGCGCCAAUGCCACGGCGAUCACGCGGGCAUUUGCAAGCGCUGCCUGACCACCCACCUCCAUUGCAACGCCAAGUCAGCAAGGCAUGCAGCAUCCAGUAGCACUCACGGGGGAAUUGUGUGUGUCUGUGUGUGUGUCUGUGUGUUUAUGUGCGUGCGUCUGUGUGUGUGUGUGUGUGUUUGAAAAGAAUGAAGCUUCAUCAUUGUUGAUGCUUGGUUGUUUUUCCUCCUCCUUCUUCCCACCCCUGCCCCCCCCCCCGUGUCAUGAACCUCCAUCGUAUGCGACGCUGUACCACACCAUGUCCUGCCUCAUUUGCUCUUAUUUGGGACCCGUGUCCGCAAACGCGUGCACGCACUGCAUGACAAACGUGCACAUCGUCUCCAUCUGCGUGUAUCUGUUCCAUUUUUUGUUCUUACUUGCAUGCACUGAUCUUUCCUGACUGAAUGACAUUUCCUUGCAUGCAAGCAAUGUCAUUCAUCGUGUUCUUCUCCCGCGGCCUGUUUGGUUAAUUGGGUCAUCUUUUACUGCUUUCAAACAAACACGGAAACAAAUACGAAUGAACCACUGAUGCGA